UGUCCUCCCCCGGAAAUAGGCGCAUUUCCCACCUACGGACGCCUUGCAGCUGCGUGAGGAGUCUGGGAUGAGCGUCUUGGCUGCGGCAGGCGCUGGGCGGCUGUGCGCCGUGCGCGCAGUCUUUACUUGUCUUUGGAGAGGAAAGUACUUCAGCUCCGGGAAUGAGCCGGCAGAAAACAACCCGGUGACACCUAUGCUGCGGCAUCUUAUGUACAAAAUCAAGUCUACUGGUCCCAUCACCGUGGCCGAGUACAUGAAGGAGGUCUUGACCAACCCAGCCAAGGGCUAUUAUGUGAACCGUGACAUGCUAGGAGAAAAAGGAGAUUUCAUUACUUCACCUGAAAUAAGUCAGAUCUUUGGGGAGCUCCUAGGGAUAUGGUUAAUCAGUGAAUGGAUAGCCACUGGAAAAAAUGCAGCUUUCCAACUGGUGGAACUGGGCCCAGGCAGGGGUACCCUCUUGGGAGAUAUUUUGAGGGUGUUCAGUCAGCUUGCAUCUGUGCUGAAAAACUGUGACAUUUCAAUACAUCUGGUAGAAGUGAGCCAAAAAUUAAGUGAGAUUCAAGCAUUAACGUUGACUGAAGAGAAGGUCCUAUUAGAGCGAAAUGCUGGAUCCCCAGUAUAUAUGAAAGGUGUCACUAAGUCUGGAAUUCCAAUUUCCUGGUACCGAGAUCUGCAAGAUGUUCCAAAAGAGUACAGCUUUUAUCUUGCACAUGAAUUUUUCGAUGUUCUUCCUGUGCAUAAGUUUCAGAAAACACCACACGGAUGGCGAGAAGUACUCAUUGAUAUUGAUCCACAGGUUUCUGAUAAACUGAGAUUUGUUUUGGCGCCUUGUGCCACCCCAGCAGAAGCCUUCAUACAAUGUGAUGAAACAAGGGAUCACGUGGAGGUGUGUCCUGAUGCUGGUGUUAUUAUUCAGGAACUUUCUCAACGCAUUUCAGAAACUGGAGGUGCUGCCCUGAUUGCUGAUUAUGGUCAUGAUGGAACUAAGACAGAUACCUUCAGAGGGUUUUGUGGCCACAGGCUUCAUGAUGUCUUAAUUGCCCCGGGAACAGCAGACCUCACAGCUGACGUGGACUUCAGUUACUUGCGCAGAAUGUCCCAGGGGAAAGUAGCUUCUCUGGGUCCAAUAAAACAGCAGACAUUUUUAAGAAAUAUGGGCAUUGAUGUCCGGCUGAAGGUUCUUUUAGAUAAAUCAGAUGAGCCAUCACUGAGGCAGCAGUUACUUCAGGGCUAUGAUAUGUUAAUGAAUCCUACGAAGAUGGGAGAAAGAUUUAACUUUUUUGCCUUGAUACCUCAUCAGAGACUUCAUGGUAGAAAUCAUCAGAUGAAUGCAUGUCAGUCAAAACCCUCUCCAUCACCUGUAGCUGGGUUUGGUGAACUUGCUUGGCGGUGAUAUUUCAGUUUGGACUUUCUACUCCCAAGUUGGCCUAAGAAACUAGACUAAAGGGAACACAUUUUAUAUAUCACAGGUAAAAUAAGUAUUAAAAUAUUUUAUCUCUUCACAGCCAAUAAAAAUAGCCCAUACAGUACAACUGAAAAUUGAUCUUUUAAGAUUGUGUUUGAUUCUUGGUACAAAUGUGUGUUCUCAAUUUAAUGAAACUUAUUAUUGGGUUUCCUCUAAUUAAUAAAGCUCGUUGCUGUAUUUUUAUUUUAAAAUGUAAACAUGAAUUCUGAUUGGUUUUAUAACUGGAAACAACUGGCCAUUCACAGGGGACUGAUUAAAUAGAACUAUCCAUAUAUUUUUAAAAUGAGGUAGAGUAGUAUGUUCUGACAUAGAUUGCUAAGAUUCAGUAAGUGAAAAAGUAGGGUGCAAAAUGUUUUGUAGUUAUGAUUCCAUUUUUGUUGGAGAAAAGCUACAUUUAAAGAAAUGCUUAGAAGUAAUUUCACAGCAAUUAAAACACUAAAUGCGGACUGGUUGUUUUCUGUUCAGUGAUACUUACUUUUAUAUAAAAAGUAAGGAAAGGAUGCCCAAUAAUCACUAGUUAUUAAAGGGACUGUCUUCUCCAUUGUAUAUUGUUUCCUCCUUUGUUGUAGAUUAAUUGACCAUAGGUGCGUGAGUUUAUUUCUGGGCUCUCUGUUCUGUUCCAUUGAUCUGUGUGUCUGUUUUUGUGCCAAUAUGCUGUUUUGAUAACUGUAGCUUUGUAGUAAGGUCUGAAGUCAGAGAGCAUGAUACCAUCAGCGUUGUUCUUUUUUCUCAAGAUUGCUUUGGGAAUUUGGGUCUUUUGUGGUUCCAUAUUAAUUUUAGGAUUAUUUGUUCUAGUUGUAUGAAAAAUGUCAUGGGUAUUUUGAUGGGGAUUGCAUUAAAUCUGUAGAUUGCUUUUGGGUAGUAUUGACAUUUUAACAAUAUUAAUUCUUCCAAUCCAAGAACAUAGGACAUAUUUCCAUUUCUUUGUAUCAUUUUCAGAUUCCUUCUUCAGUGUUUUAUAGCUGUCAGAGUAUAGGUCUUCCACCUUCUUGGUUAUUUAUUCCUAGAUAUUUUAUUCUUUUUGAUGCCGAUUUUAAAUGGGAUUGUUUUCUGGCUUUCUCUGAUAGUUCAUUAUUUGUGUAUAGAAAAGCAACAGAUUUCUGUGUAUUAAUCUUGUAUCCUGCAAGUUUACUGGAUUCGUUCUAACAGUUUUUUGGUGGAGACUUUAGGGUUUUCUAUGUACAGUAUCAUGUCAUCUGCAAAUAGAGACAAUUUUAUUUUUUCCCUUCCAAUUUGGAUUUUAGAGGGAAGAUUUUCAGCUUUUCCCUAUUGAGUGUGGUUAAGUGGCCUUUAUUAUGUUGAGAUAUGUUCCCUCUAUAUCAACUUUGUUGAGAGUUUUUAUCAUGAAUGUUAAAUUUUGUCAGAUGCUUCUUCUCUUUUGAGAUGAUCAUAUGAUUUUUAUCCUUUUGUUAAUGUAGUGGGUCACACUGAUUGAUUUGCAAAUAUUGAACUAUCCUUGUGUUCCUGGAAUACAUCCCACUUGAUCAUGGUGUGUGAUCCUUUUAAUAUAUUGUUGGAUUCAGUUUGCUAACUUAUGAGGAUUUUUUGCAUCUAUAUUCAUCAAAGAUACUGGACUGUAAUUUUCUUCUUUUGUAGAGUCCUUAUCUGGUUUUGGUACUAGGAUAAUAAUGGUGGUCUUGUAGAAUGAAUUUGGGAGCAUUCCAUUCUCUUCAGUUUUUGGAAUAGUUUGAGAAGGUUAGGUAUUAGCUUUUCUUAGUAUGUUUAGAAUUCCCCUGUGAAGCCUGAACUUUGGUUUGCUGGGAGGUUUUUUAUUAAUUACAAAUUCAAUUUCACUACUAAUGACUGGUCUGAACUGUUCAGAUUGUCUGUUUCUUAACUCAGUCUUGGCAGGUUGUAUGUUUCUAGAAAUUUUUCCAUUUCUUCUAGGUUGUCCACUUUGUUGGCAUAUAAUUGUUUGUAGUAUUCUCUUAUGAUUUUUUUUUUUUGUAUCUCAGUAGUACAGCUGUUGUUUCUCCUCUUUCUUAUUUUGUUUAUUUGGGUCCUCUCUUUUUUCUCAAUGAGCCUGGCUAAAGGUUUAUCAAUUUUGCAAAAAGGUUUAUCAAUUUUGUUUAUCUUUUCAAAAAGCCAGCUCUUGGUUUCAUUGAUGUUUUCUGUUGUUUUUUGGUCUCUAUUUUAUUUCCUCUCUUAUAAUUAUUAUUUCCUUCCAUCUACUAACUUUGGGCUUUGUUCUUCUUUUUCUAAUUCCUUUAGACAGUAGGUUAGGUUAUUUGAAAUUUUUCUUCUUUCUUGAGGUAGGCCUUAUAUUGCUAUGAACUUCAAUAAUCACUAUUAAAUUUCCCAGUCUGGUUUGAGGGGUGGGAAAAGACUUACUUUUUUUAAUUUGUCCUCCUUUUUGGUAUUUGAAUUUUUUACCAUAUUCUUCUGUGAAUUUUAUAAUUAAAAUUAGAUUAAAAAAAUUUUUAAAGUCACAGUAAUACCAGUAAACCUAACAGGUACUUAAAAUAUGACUUAGAAUAAAUCCAGACUGCUUAGGAGGAAUAAUUUUCUAAAUUGAGUUAAUUCUCUCUUAUUUUCAGAUAAUUGUCAAGAUUUAGUUCUAUAAGUUCUCAUUUUUUGGUUCAAAAAACUUUUAUUAAUAGCAGACAUAUGGACUUUCUGAAGAACUGUUAUAUAAGCAACACAAAUUUGUGAAAUUAAAGAAAAUACUAGCUAUAUGUUUUGAAUUUAUAGCUUAACUAUAUUGGAAAUUCACUGGCAGAGUGAUGAAUGGUUGUUUCUUAUUGCUUCUUUGGCUUCACUGAGAACAGGACUAGCAUUCUCUAUCUCAUGCUAAAUUAAAGGAAGAUGGAGGCCUUAUUUUUCAGAUGCUGCUCAACUUUGGGCCAUUCCUAGCCACCCUUAAAGACUCGGUUGGAGAAUUUUUAGAAGAUUAAAAUGCCCAUAGUUGGCCCUUCCCAAUUAUUUAAUAGUUUUUAUGAUUAAGGGGAAAGAGGCAAUGCUUCUUGACACCUAUACAUGUACUUUGGUAUUAGGUAUUUAACUUAAGUCUUCUGGCAGUUGCAGUAGUGGAAUAUUUGAUGGUAGUUUCUGAAAAACCUAAAAUUAUUCCAAACUUUCAUUCCAAGAAGUGAGACCUUGAGGUUAUUACCUCAAAUUUUGUAUAAAAUUGUAAUAAUGAGUUGUUUGUUAUUUUAGUCAGAUUUAAAAAAAAAAAAUCUGUGUUCUUAAAUAUAGCAUUGGUUUCAUUUACAAAUACUAUUUCCGAAACAGUUCUAUUACCAAAGCCUGGGAAAAGAACACAACCAAAUAAAAUAUUCUUUGGAUACCUCUACUAGAGAUAGGCUCAGGUUUUCACAUGGAAAAGUAUGGUGAUAUGGAAAUACAUUUUAUUAUCAAGCUUCUUUGAGGAUAUUUACAAAAAGUGGGAUGUAAUAAAAAAUAAAAAUGUACUAAACAGUGUCAUUAUAGACUACUUUGUACAUUAUCAAAUGUUUCUAACAAUUAUUUCUUAUACAAACACAAUGACUUCAAGACAAAAAAAGGUUAUGCAGGUUAUACAGUAACUGGAGAAAUUACUCAACUCCAAAUUAUCUGACAGUGCCUUUACAUUUUUUUUUUUUAGAAAACUUCUUAGGCAUUCAACAGAAACAAAAAGAGUGCAAUUAAUUUCAUGGCUUGUAAAGUUUGAUUAUAUAAGUAUAGCAAACAAACGUCAUUCCAGUUAAUUAUCAUUUUACGCAGUAAAACCACAAUAGGGUGCCUAGUGACUCAGAAUUACUUCAUUUUAGCACACUGAUAUAAACACUUACUUUAGAGAAAUUUGGGGAAGUUAUCCUCUAUCACAGGGAAAAUACACUUUCCAAAGGUUUUGCAAAAUUAAUUUGGUUUAAUUUUUUAAACUCCUAUUUGACAAUGAAAUACUGAGACAUUGUGGAAUGUCUCCUGGAGAUAUUUAGGGGUAGGCAGUAUAGUAAAAUGGUUAGGAGGGGUAAGGACGACUCUGGAGCCACAUUGCCUGGGUUCAAACCCACAUCCUAACUGUGACCUUCAGCAGCUAGUUACUUAAUUUCCCUGUGCCUCAGUUUCCUUAUCUGUGAGAGGGAGUUCACGUGCACUUACCUCAUGGCUGUUGUGAGAGUAAAACACAUAAAGAGCUCAGAAAAGAGGAGCACUGUGUGUUUCCUUCCAUUCUCAAGGAUAUUUUUAGUCCUAGAUAAGGCAGUAGCUUCAGGAUCUCUAAGGGCCCUCUCAGUCUUAGUCUGUUCACAAGAAGAACAUUCUUUUCCUUUGCUACCUCAAAUUCUGUGGGCAGUGACAGUUAACACAUUUAUAACUUUUAGCUUAUCAACAUCUGAUCUUCACAACAACACUGUGAGAAAGGUACAGGCAAGAAUUAUAAUCUUUAUUUUAUAGAUUGAGGAACUCAAGGCUCAGACAGAUUGUCACCUGCUGAGGCCAACACAGGUAAUUAAAGAACGGAGCCAGAGUUUUUGGCUCCACAUCUUUGGCUCUUUUUUGGAGGGAAAAAUGUUUACAAUGAUUACUGAGGAAUCAAACAAAAAGUCCCUAGAUUUUUUAUAAGUGAAUGGUCCCACCAGAUCUUUAACUUUUUUGGGGGAAAACUGUUAGUAACUUUUAAAAAGCUAUGAAAAAGUCUAACCUCUUAAAUAUGAUAUCUGGAUAGAAAAAAAUGUCUUUAGCUGGCUGCUGAAGCUGCAGUGUUUAAAAAAAAAAAAACUUAUUUCAUUCUUUCAUUUGCUCAGCUGAUAAUACAGCCGUACUCUUAUAAACUGUUUCAUGCUCCACCCCGUCCACUCCCUCAAACUGCUUAAAAUAUAAUUGGUUUUAAAACAUUCCAGGUAUCUGUAAAGCCUUCCAAUAAGCUAAAGGAAGAACAAAAGGAUGCUGUUAUUCUUUCCUGUAGCAUUAACUGACUCUGCACUGGCCUACUUUUAGCAUAUAUUUAAUUUUCUUCCUCAAAUUAUUCAACCCUAUGUAAAGAUAAAUUGUGUAGUUAGAAUUCAGAUCUAUACCUAUUAAAUGUUGGAAUCCAAUUGUGGCACCACAAUGGCGUCAGUGGGAACGUGAAUAUUUAGCAGCAGAGUUGAGCUAUAAGAAGACAUACAUAACAACUCAGCACUGAGACCAGCAGUUCCUACUCCUGGUUUUGUACAUCAGUUGUCCCGAAUGACCUUAGGGGCUGUUGCAACAUAGCAAUACUUACAAAAGGUGACAACUUAAUUUUCAUGUUCCAAAGAGCAUAUUCAGAAUUUCAACUCCAAAAGGGUUAGGGAUCACUGUUUUGGAGUCUUGACUGACCUAAAAAAGAAACGUAAAACAGUCCAGCACUCCCUUUCCAGGAGUCUAGGAAAAACCCCUCAAUGCCUCUAUGGUCGGUUAAACAAAUGUUUAUAAAGUCUAUAGGAAAUGGCAUGCUGACAGCCUCUCAGUUACUGCAUAAAUGCACAUCUGUUUAGUAAUCAACCUUGUAACUCUUGUAUGAUUUGGUCAAGCUAUGCAAUAACUGGACUCUAGCUUGCCUUUUUCUCCUUUUUAAAAAAAUGUUAAGAAUAGGAAAGGGAAGAUAAAUUAAGUGCCACUAUUGUACUAAAAUGAACGAUUACGAAAAAUACAAAAACCAGUUAUUGCUUAUGCUGUAAAAAUUUAUGAAAAGCUUUAUCUUGGGUUCCAUUAUGUGUUUUUAUUACUCAGUUUCCCCUCUUGUACCUACUCAAUAUGAACUACAGUAUUGGUGUCACUGAUUCCUUAUCGUAUUUCCUCAUGUCUUUGCAUCCUUUCAGAUGACAACCUACAAAGAACAACAGUUAUGCAGCAAAAUACCAGUCCAUAACAUGAAAUCCUUCCUUAUUGAAGUUAGCUCAAUAAUAAUUAAGGAUCCUCUUCCAUGUCAUCUGGAUUGGGAGCCAUAAUGAAGUGCUUUGGGUAUACAAGGUUGUGUGUAUAUGCAUGUAUUUCCCAGCGGGCAUCGUCACUUUCGUGUGUAAUGUAACGUUCACCAAUGCGAGUUUCAAAUUCUCUAAGGUCAAGCCAAGUCUGAUAGUCCUAGGGAAAAAAAAAGAUUAUGAACCAUAAAAGAAACAAUACUGUCAACCUUCUUUUUUUUUUUUU